AUGUGUCAAUAUUUUGACCUGACUUGCGGAGGAUACAAGAAUGAUAUCUUCUUUGACUUUGAGACCUCACGCAAUGAUGGGAUCCGGUUUCGUCGACCUUUAUUCUCAGUGAAAGAAAGAGAGCGGAUGAGUGAAUGGCUUCUCUCGAGUGCUCCUCCAAAAACAACUCUCCGGAUCCUGUCCCGCAUCGACGAAGAAUGCGAAAGAGCAAAUAUUUCGGAUGAAAUUGAGAUCCACCGAGGUCCCUUCGGGGUGUUUAGAUUGAACCAAGAUCGAGACACAUUGCUUCACGAACCAGCUGUGAACGAUCAUGAACAGACACAGUCCAGUUCUCCGGAAGAUGUGGUUCCACAGAGUAACCUUUAUUCCGCAUCCUCCGAUAUGCUUCUGUCCCCAUGGUCUCAAGCUUUGAUGCAUUUGAGUUUUGAUCAAUCAGAGAAUGUUCCCAGUCCGCCUUCCCCGGGAUUUUUGGACGCCAUGAUAGAUCAAGAUUGCGAGGAAAACAAUUCAGCACCCCAUGGAUAUUUACACACCGCAUGUUUUCCAGACCAAUCUUAUAAUCAUCCCGUGUCACCCGCUUCUUUCACUUCCUCAAUAAGUACCACGAAAGCCGUGCCCCAAGAUGCAGUGUUCCUUCUCAAGCACUACGUCUCGGCUGUAAUCAGUCUGAUGACCCCACUCCGACACUCCAAAACUCCCUGGCAUGUUCUAUUCAUACCUCAUACCAAGAGCUGCCUCGCCGGCUUGGCUCUAGGCGAUGAGUUGAGUGAUGCCAGCUUGUGUGCAUUCUACGGAACAUUAGCCAUAAGUGCAUUCAGCCUUGGUGGAGUCUCUCGAUCCCAAACAUGGAGUGAGAAAGCCAUCAUUUAUAAGGACAAAGCCCAGCAACAUGCAAAAAUGAUGCUCAUGACCGCCUACCAUGUCCCGAAAGUAGCCAAAUACAAAUCAAUCUUGAUGGCACUGCUCACCAUGGUCCAAGUAUCAAUGUUCUCGGGGAACCGAAGGCAAUCGGAAUAUUAUUUUCUGGAAGCAGAAAAAUUCAUCCGGUUAAGAGGACUUCCCCGCAAAAAGUCUCGAAAAGUACGACUACUACAUCACUGCUAUGUAUUUGAGCGUAUCUUCCACGAGAGUGUCUUCAUUUGUGGAGCGAACUCAAGACAGCGUCAUCGCGUUCACACAGCCAUUGAAACGAGCGGGCUAGGAAUGUAUAGCCUGGACAGCCUAUCAUUUCGCCUCUCAGGCUGGGAGAAUUUAGAUCAAGAAAUGAUGAGAGUACGUGGACAGGAGGAAGGCGAAAAUGAUCUACACCUUGAAAGACCUGGCUUCUGGUCUAACUCUCUGUACCCGGAGAUAUUUGGUAUCCCUGAGCCGUGGGUUAUCCUUCUAUCCCAGGUUAUUCGACUCGGGAAAGAAAAAGAUGCGACAGAAGGAAAUGAUGCAUCGGACUGUCUCAGCUUGAAGGAGUUCAUUGGCCGAGCGAAGACUCUCGAGGACUACAUCAACAAUCUGCGACGACCCAGCUUGGAGAAUAUCCAUUCUCAUCUUGAUCAUGAGAUCAUAGAAAAUAUGCUCAAUGCCAUGCAGAAUGCACUGGGGAUAUACUUCUACCGUCGAAUCCACGACGUGAAUGCUUCCUUGCUACAGCAAAAGGUCGUGGGCGUGUUGGAUAAUCUACUGCGCUGCGAGGACACCGACUCCACUGUGGUUCACGGUUCAGCCGGAUUUAUCUGGCCUGCGUUUAUUGCGGCUUGUGAAGCCGAGGAUCCAUUGGUUCAGGUAUCAUUCUCCGACUGGUUUGUGAAUUCGGCACGCCGCAGUGGCUUGUCUUGCUUUACUGAGACAUUGGCCAAUAUUCAGAGAAUUUGGCAGGAGAAGACUUGUGCUAAUGGGAGGAGUGUCACUUGGUUGGAUUUAAUGAAGAACACCAUGCCCUUGCAGCAGCUAUUUUGA